GUGAAGUUUUACAAUGCAGUAAGCUGAAAGCGCACCGGAAGUGUUUGUGUCGCAAAAUAAGUGUCGCGCACUCGCUCGCUUGCUUGCUUGCUCGCGUGUCUACGAUGCAGCAGCGCGAAGAAAAACAGCUGGAAGCCUCGCUGGAGUCGCUCAUCACGCAAGUGGCGCACAUCAAAAAUGCUCUCCACUCGUUCAUCUUCAAGCUGGAAAACGAGUACGAGCGCCUCACCUGGCCGUCGGUGCUGGACAACUUUGCCCUGCUGUCGGGUCAACUGAACACCAUCAACAAGCUGCUGAAGAACGACAAGACGCCGUCGUUCCGUAACCAGCUCAUCAUCCCGCUGCUGCUCUCUCAGGACCGCGACGACGAGCUGGCGAAAAUCCGGUCGCCCUCUCUUUUUGCUUGUCGUCUUUUGCGGGCCGCCCGUCAGAAAGCGACGGAGCAGCGAGUCCCCGUCUUCAGCCACGAGAUCGUCCCCGACUACCUGCGCACCAAACCCGAGCCCGAAGUGGAGGAGCAGGAGAAGCAGCUCAGCGUGGAGGCGGCCCGCAUCGGGCCCGAAGUGGCGCAGAAACAGAUCCAGACCUUGAACAAGUUGUGUUCCAGCCUGCUGGAGAAGCUGAGCAACCCGAGAGACGAGCGAGACGCCGAAAGCGCGGCACCACGCCCGAGCAAGUCCUGGUUCAACCCGGCCGACACCAGCGCCCUCGUGGGGGCGGUGGCGUUCGGCAAAGGCCUCUCCAAGUGUCGGCCUCCCGGACCCCCCGGGGCCGCGGCCGGCGCCGGCGGGCCCACCCUGCAACAGGUCACCAGCGGGGGCGCCGCCGGCCAGCUUCCCGGGGGGCCCCCCCAGCAGCAAGGACAGCCGGGGAAGCUUCCGGGCAUCAAGACGAACAUCAAGUCGGCGUCCAUGCACCCUUACGGCAGCGUUUGGGCUGAAAUUUCGGGAUCAACUUGAAGCGCACUGGAGCAUCUUCUCCGGGUGGACUCACCGCGGUCUUGGUCUUGGUCCCGCAGCUGCCGCCUACUGACGGCCUUCCCCAGGUACCUUCCGUCGUCCUCGGCCA